AGACGAGUAGUAUUUUGCUUUUAAAAAAAGAAGCACUCCGCCGUAAUUCUCGAGAAAGAAAAGUAAAGCUUAGAGGUGUAAGUGCGACGGCUCUGGUUUCAAGUUUCAGAGCACCAUAAACAGUAACAUCUAGGGUUUUACAAUCUUAAGGCGAUAACGAGAGUGAAGAUAUGGAUUCUUUUUCGGCACCGUCUAUUGGAUCAUCGUCAAACAGUGACUUGAUGGACCAGCUUAAAACUCAGCUUGCCCAGGCCUACGCUGAGCAAUUUCUCGAGACAGUGAGGGAGAAAUGCUUUGACAAGUGUAUUACAAAACCAGGGAGUAGUAUGAGUGGCAGUGAGGGUAGUUGUAUCUCCAGGUGUGUUGAUCGAUAUAUUGAUGCCACUGGCAUAAUUAGCAAAGCGCUCUUUAGUCAACGAUGAAACAGUAGCUGAGUGGAUCCUGAGGCUUUGCUACCAACUUCUUUUUGAGUCCAUUUAUUACUCUAUUAUACUUUAAUUUCUUUCCCAUUUCUCUUUGUUAUUAACAAUAUUACAAGUGAAUGUUUUCCUACUCCUUAAGAUCAAUUACGAGAGCAGUAUUAGUGGUAAGACAUUUUUUUUUUUUUUCAUUGAGCGCUUUAUAACCUUGUAAAGUAUUGUCAUUUGAGUAUACUGUCAUUUAAUUAUUUAAGAAAAGGAACAUACGAGUAACAUUGUCAAGUA